AUGGGUUUGGGUAAUAGUGCUCCAUCGCUGUUAUUUUCCUAUAAAGUGAAUUUCACUCGUGAGAUACCAAAUGAUUUUUAUUUGAGUGGUGAUCGAGUUCAGGGUAUUAUUCAAAUUGCUACAAAUGAUAAUGAAAAUGAUUUGAUCCAAAAAUACGGACCAUUGUAUGUUGAACUCAUUGGCGAAUUGCACGAUUUCAAAACAGAUACUCAUCAGCAUUACACAAAAGGUGUUCAAAUAUUUUUUCGAACACGAACACAAAUAAUACAGCUACCAAAUGACAAUCAAAAACUGGGAACUAAUCAUCUUCGAAAUUAUAGAUGGGCAUUCGAUGGUUCAUUAGAUUCAUUGCUUCCUUCAUCAUUGCCACCUGGUGAUGAGUGUGAUCCAUGUAUUUGUUAUUAUGCUCUUGUUUAUCUUCGUCGUGCUGAUAAUAAUGAUUUUGCUCGAAAGUUUCCUUUUCUCGUCUUUACUCGAGCCUCAAAUCCGAUUUUCACUCGACAAUCGCUACAGAACAAUAUCGUUGACGCCCGUGUACGACAUAAAGGUGUGACAGUUUACGGUACGCUUUCAAACAAUGGACUUGUUGUGCCAGGUCAGACUCUCAUCUUGCAAAUUGAGAUCGACAAUCCAAUGAAAGUAACAAUGAAAUUGAUUCGAGCAACACUCAAGCAAUAUCGACAUAUCACCGAUCAGGACACUGAUUUUACUGUUUUUUCUUUCAUUUUACCCGGAUUUAAACCGAAAGGAUUCAAUAGUGAAUAUCGUCAAAGUACAUAUGAACUACCGAUACCAAUGGAAAAAUGUCGCCUCAUGCCACCGACAUCAUCGUAUAAAAGUGUCCGAUAUGAACUUGAUAUUCAAUGUCAUUUAAAUUGUUCAUUUAAUAAUCAGUUUACAUUAACAUUACCGAUUAUUUGUACCACUGAUCAUCAACAACCAUUAAAAAUCCUGGAUGAAUUGAAAUCUGUGCCUGAAAUUCUGAGACGUCUAACGAUUAGAAAAGAAAAGAAGCAACCACCAAGUUAUGAAGAUUUUAUGGCCAGUGAGAUUUUACCAAAACAACGAAAUGGAAAUAGUAAUAAUUUGACAAGAGCAACUACCAGUGUACUAACUUCACAACUUACAGUAAUUAAACCCCAUAGACGUCCUAAUCCACCAACAAAUAUAAGCAAAGCAACACGACGUAGUUCACUUCCGUCUCGAUCAAUUGUCGCAAAUUCUUUACAAGUUCAAAUUAAUAAAACGCAAUGUCAACGAUUGUGUUCAGGUAUCGAUCAAUUAACUGAUUCACUCGAACGCUUAGAACAUGCAUCGCCUAUAUUUAUACGAGCAGAAACACGUCCUAUUCUUAAUAGUCUUUUUCAAUGUCUUGAUGAUUGUAAUGAUUUUCUAGAAACAUUACAAUAUUCUGAUCGAUCAUAUGAAAAUGAGCGUGAAAAUUUUGCAGAAUUAAGCAAACGUCUAUCACAACUAGGGCAAGACUUAUGUCUUGCAUUGAAUAUUCAAGAAUUAUUCGAACAAAAGCAAGAUCGAGAAGAUCAACGACAAGAUCCUCAAGAAUAA